AUACUCGCCAUACACACAUAUCACACGCACAUUGUACGACUUUCAUAAGAUUCAUGUUUCAUGUUAGUGUUAAUUGGUCCAAGUUUAUACUGACAAAUCACUGAUUAAUUGAACUGAUUAAUUGUAUAUAAAAAUGACGUAUCACUGUAUUCAUACGUGUGUCAUUGUGGAAACCCGAGGAGCCCGCAACUUCGGAUUUUUCGCGCGCCCGUGACAUUUUUAUACCUUCACAGAUCUGAGCUUCUGUUUGAUGAUAAUGUCAAUAAUACAUUACAUUGGAUGUACACUUUAUAUAUAGGUAAAAGUUUAAGCUUUACACAAUGUGGUCCUUCUUUUCAAGAGACCCUGCCAAGGAUUUCCCGUAUGAUAUCGGGGAACCUAUUUCAGGCUUGGAAAACAAGAGUAUCUGGACACUACACAGAGCUAAGAGAAAGGGCACCAUAACAGGUGAAGAUGUUUCAGUUUUUGUCUUUGACAUUAAAAAUGGAGGAGAGCAACAAUUGGAUAUUGUUCGCUCAUCUGUAAAGAGGCUUAAAACACUUAGGCAUCCAAGUAUACUUGCGUAUCUUGAUAGUCUUGAGACUGAUAAAAUGGUUUACUUAGCCACAGAACGUGUGGAGCCAUUAUAUAAUCGUUUGACACAGAAAUGCAAUUCUGAAAAUGACUCCAAGAAAGAAUUAUACUUUUCCUGGGGUAUAUUUCAAAUUACAAGGGCACUUAACUUCUUAAAUAAUGAUGGGAAUUUACGGCAUAAUAAUGUCAAUCUGUGGACAGUGUUUGUUAACGAAGAAAGCGGUGAAUGGAAACUCGGCGGUGUUGAGUAUAUGACGGCUGUGGAUUCAUUAUACAAUUUCUUACCUUCAACUUUCCAAGUGUACCAGCCGCCAGAGGCUAAAGAAAAUACAAAACCAAUAACUAAAUGCUCAGUCGACAUGUGGGGACUCGGCUGUUUAAUCUGGGAAACGUACAAUGGCACUUUUAAUAUCAACUCGCAACUUAAAAUUACAGGUCAAAUUCCGAAGCAAAUAACAGCAGUAUAUCGAGAAUUAACGGGAGCUAAUCCGGAAGGAAGACCAAAUCCUGCAGAUGUGAUAGCACGUUGCCGCAGUAACGGAGGAUUCUUCAAAAACGAUCUCGUUGACGCUCUAUUGUUCCUGGAAGAGAUUCAGAUGAAGGAGAGGGGUGAGAAAAUUCGAUUUUUCUCGCAAUUGGCCACGCAGUUGGAUUCGUUUCCCGAUGGUGUCGGCAGAUACAAGAUUUUACCGCAAUUACUGGCGGCCUUUGAAUUCGGAGAUGCCGGAAGUGCAGUCUUGCCGCCGUUGUUACAAUUAGGCUCUCAAUUACCCGAUGCUGAAUAUCAGCGUCGAGUAGUGCCGUGCGUCGUCAAGUUGUUUGCGUCAAAUGAUAGAGCAACAAGAUUACGGUUAUUGCAACAAUUGGAUCGAUUCAUUGAUCAUCUGCAAUCAGCAACUGUUAAUGAAGCUAUCUUUCCUCAUGUUGCAAACGGUUUUCUCGAUACAAAUCCGGCGAUCAAGGAAGAAACGAUAAGAUCAGUCGUACAUUUAGCGCCAAAAUUAGAUUAUAAUAAUCUUAAUGUCGAGACUUUAAAACAUUUCGUAAAGCUUCAGUCAAAGGAUGAACACGGCAGUAUUCGCACGAAUACAACAGUUUGCCUUGGAAAAAUUGCUCAACAUCUUCAUCCUCAAAUAAGACAGAAGGUAUUGCUUAGCGUAUUUAUCCGCGGAACUCGCGAUUCCUUUCCGCCAGCCAGAAUUGCAAGUAUACUGGCUUUGGCUGCAACGCAGCAAUACUUUCUGCUGCAGGAAGUUGCAAAUCGCAUUCUACCAGCUUUGUGUCCACUUACUACAGACGUGGACAAAGGUGUACGAGACAAUGCAUUCCGAACCAUCCGAGGUUUUUUAUCGAAGCUCGAAACAGUUUCUGAAGAUCCUGGGCUUCGCGAAUCGAUGGAAGCGGAUGUGAAUACUGCUACCCCCAGCCUCAGUAACGCCGCAGCAACAUGGGCUGGAUGGGCCGUUACUGCGGUCACGGCAAAAUUCUAUCGCAGUCAAUCUGAUACGCCAAAAUCUUCAAAUGCCCAUAAUACAUCUAGGAUCUUGUUAAAUAAACCUGCUUCCUUAGAGCAAGCUAGUAGCUCUCAAAGCAGCGCCAGCACAACUGCCACAACGAGCAGCGCGACAAGCAUGACUUCCCUCGAUCCCGAUCACGAACACGAUACACAAAAUACUCAAAAUACGAAUUCUGAUUGCGAUUGGGAUUGCUGGGAUGCCGAUAAUUGGGGAGAUAUGGAGCAGCAGCCCGCCGCUACGUCAUCAGUAUCAUUGAAUCCAGCUAAUAGUAAAUCACCGUCCGGCCAUUCCCCUAAGACUAAUGAACAGUGGACCAGCCUUGAAGAAGAACCGGAAGAGGAAACAAUCCAAGGUGUUCAAGAAAAAAAUGAUUCUUCCGAAGUAGGAUGGGAUGAAUCGGAGUUUCAACCUCUUGAAGAUGUUCAGCACUUAGAGCAACCAAACGUUCCUAGUGGGAAUAAUAAAUUUGAAGAAGCAAGGAGGAAACGAGAAGAGCGUAAAUUAGCUAGGCAAAGACAGAUGGAAGCAAAACGAGCAGUGAAAUUACGAGCCAAUCCAACUGCGAAAAAAAUUUAAGUAAUUACACGCCAUAUAUAUAUUAAUUAUUCUAUUGUACAUUAAGUAAAUUAAAUAUUACAAAUAAUACAAUGAAAGUAUUUUCUGUAUUUAUAACUUAUCUGAUGUAAGAAAGAAGUUUAUCCAAAAAA